AUUUAUUUAUAACAUGCUAAUCCGUGCAGAAUUGAGAAACUCCAAUUGAAAUACAGUUGAAACUGCAAUGGAAGAAAAGACCAUCCAACCUCAUGUAAUCAUCAUCCCCCUACCGCUUCAAGGCCCAGUCAACUGUAUGCUCAAGCUCGCCGAGCUUCUCAGCCUCGCCGGCAUCAAUGUCACCUUCCUCAACACCGAUCAUGUCCACCGUCGUCUCCUACGGCACACCCACAUUCACUCCCGUUUCGCUCGAUUCCCAUCUUUCCGUUUCCAAACCGUUUCCGACGGGCUCCCGGAAGAUCACCCGCGCACCGCCGAUAGAUUCCUGGACAUGUUUGAUGCCUUUGUAGCCGUAACCAAGCCACUUCUCCGAGAUAUGCUAACUUCCGGUGGACCCAGUUCGGACACCGAAAGGCCGGUAACGUGCGUUAUAGCAGAUGGUAUCUUUGAUUUUGUACUUGAUACUGCAAAAGAAAAUGGAAUUCCUGUCAUUUAUUUUGAUACUCUCAGUCCUUGCUGCAUCUGGAUUUAUCUGUGUCUUCCCAAGCUCAUAGAAGCUGGCGAGUUUCCGUUCAAAGGAAAUAACUUGGACACUCCUAUAAAAAGUGUACCAGGCAUGGAAGGUUUUCUCCGGCGCCGUGAUCUUCCGGCCUUCUGCCGUAGCGGUGACAUCUCCGACACCCAAAUACAAAUUAGCUUAUCGGAGACCAGACAACUCCCAAAAGCCCAUGGAAUCAUACUCAACACCUUUCAAGAUUUAGAAGAACCCACACUUUCUCACAUUCGCUCUCUCUGUCCAAACCUCUACUCCAUCGGACCAAUCCACAACCUCCACAAAACCAAUCUCGCAGAAGAAACGUCGUCGUCGCCGCCGGCAUCCUCCAACAGUUUCUGGGAAGAAGACAGGGACUGCAUGACGUGGCUCGAUGCUCAACCGUUGAGAUCAGUGGUCUAUGUUAGCUUUGGGAGUCUCUUAGUCACGACAAGGGACGACCUCAUGGAGUUUUGGCACGGUUUGGUGAACAGUGGGAAGAAAUUCUUGUGGGUCAUACGGACGAACGCCGUCGCCGGUGAAGAUGGGGAUCGGCAGAUUCCGGCGGAGCUCUCCGAGGGAAAGAAGGAAUCUGGGUACAUAACGAGAUGGGCCCCACAGGAGGAGGUGUUGGCCCACCCAGCGGUUGGCGGUUUUCUUACCCACAGUGGGUGGAACUCGACACUGGAGAGUAUAGUCGCCGGAGUGCCGAUGAUUUGCUGGCCGGCCGGCGUUGACCAGCAAGUCAAUAGUAGGUUUGUGAGCGAGGUGUGGAAGGUGGGUUUGGACAUGAAAGACACGUGUGAUCGGGUCGUGAUUGAGAAUAUGGUCAACAAUCUGAUGGAGGUGAGGAGAGAUGAGUUGGUGAGCUCGGCGGAUGAGAUGGCCAAGUUGGCCAAGAAAAGUGUGAGUGAAGGUGGGUCAUCGUUGAGGGAUUUUAACCGUUUAAUUCAGGAUAUCAAAUUUAUGAAUGUUUUGAUUGCUGAAGCUUUUGCAAUCUUCUCGUUGCUUGAUCGUUACUUCGGGUUCGAUUUCUUCUUUGAUCAAGUUGCAGUCUUCUGGUUGUAUUACUAUUACUUCGGUUCCAUUGCUGCUUCGAUCACGUUGUGUUGCAUUACUGAUACUUUGGGUUUGACGGCUUCUGUGAUCGCGUUGCAGAUAAUUGGAUCCAGAUCUAUUCAUUGGAAGAAUGGUAUUGGAAUUCAAAAAAUGGAUCCAUCAACUGUUUAUGUUUAUGGUUCUACCAUGCUUUCAGAAUACGAAGAAGAAGUUGUUUUUCCGUUUGUGAUUCUUGGAACCCAUUUCCUGUUGCACCUCUCGCAACCCAUCUCAGCUUCCUUCAUCUUCGAGGCACUUCUCUUCUGA